AUGCAGUUUGAAUUUCCGCUCAGCACUGGCAUCUAUCCAGAAAUUAAGCCGAAAUCGUUUUAUCCCCUGCCCGAUGAAUGGCACAAAUGCGGCGCUCAGAAGGUGAAGUCGACGAAUCCCGCUUAUCCCGAUGAAUCGAUUGAUAUCACUGUACCAUGCCCGCCAGUUCCUUCAAGAUAUUUGAAAGCCCAGACGCCCAGAAAGGUUUCGCCACUAUUCAACGUUUUCACGUGCAGCACGAUAAAUGAAACCAUAUAUUACGAGAAUGAUACAAUCUGUAACGAUAAUCAGGGUUUCGAAAUUACCACAGAAGAUUUGAAUGGAACGUUCAUCUUUUUCAACGAGCCUGUUAAUUUCAAGAUGUUGGAUGAUGAUGAAUAUAUUAUCAGAUAUCCUAUGGAAAAUGGUCUUUUACGAAUUCCACAGUUGAACUCUGGUCGUGUGGUGCGUCCCAAACGCGAUAGUUUGUCUUUUAAUUGGCAUGUCUUCGACAACCAGAUAAAUUUUAAUCGAAAAAUCACAAUGACGGAAUGCGGAAGCACGUGCGAUUCGGGGCAGAUAUUCAAGUUUGUGAUGAAUGAUGGUCCCUACGCGAUACACUUCUACAUGAACCCAAAAGUGUUCACGUAUAUCACGAUUUGCUUCUCGCCGGAAAAUUUUGACAAUCCCGAAUUAUUGCCGACAUGCGAUCUGUACAACGCCGUCACGAUCGUCCCGCGAUCGAAUCUCAUCAUUUGGCCGUAUCGCGUGCGGCCGGCGACCCUCCGAUUCGGAAUGCGUCCGGAAGAUUACGAAAUGGAGAGCUAUGACGAUAUGGCGCACGCAGUUCCGUUCACAUUUGCGCUUAUUGACACGGAUCCGUCGAAUCCAGGCACGAAAUAUCGAUUCGUCAUUGAGAAUGCCUUCUACGAAUAUACGGAAAGCGAAACGGGCGAAUUCAACUUCACACUAGCUCAUAAGUUGCUCGUCAAGUUCUCCGCCGAUGACGCGCUCGCUUCAAAGUUUGGCAUCGUCUCAAAGGACAUCAAAUCCGGCUAUUUAGUGCAAACUAAGAUCUACGAUGAAAAUCUAUCAUCAACGGAGGGCCCAACGACCACUGAGUCGACGACAAUCGAAACGACUACGACCGAUAUGACGACCGAAACGACGACCACAACGAUGGCUCCCGUCGUUGCCGCCAUCGUUAGUGAUCAUGUUGCGGAUUUUGCCGGCUCACCGGAUGGGCUAAAGAAAAUCGAAGAGGCGGCGUUGGAAGCGGAAGAAACAACAACUGAUUGGCUUCUGGUUGCAAUUCCACUUGGAUUUGUGAUCGGCACAUUGCUCGUCGUCGUUUUCGGCGGAUUGAUUUUGUUCGUGAUGCGCAGAACGUUCUACUCCGUUUGGUAUGACGCGUUGUCGGAGAUUGAGAUGAUUUUGGAGGAAGGUGGCGUUCCUCCAGGUACAGGGUCUGGUACUCCAGGUUCAGGAUCUGGUACUCCAGGUUCAGGAUCUGGUACUCCAGUGAAAGGAUCUGGUACUCCACUGAAAGGAUCUGGAACUCCAGUGAAAGGAUCUGGCACUCCAGUGAAAAGAUCUGGCACUGCAGUGAAAGGAUCUGGCACUCGAGUCGCACUAUCCAAAGAAUCCAAGGCAUCUAUUUCGCAGGAGAAUGAAUCCAAGGACAAUGUUUCGAAGGAGAAUGGAGCCAAAGACAAUGUUUCGAAGGAGAAUGGAGCCAAUGAAAAUGUUUCGAAGGAGAAUGGAGCCAAGGAACCCCCGUCCAAAGAGAUGGUUUCCAACGAAAUGGCACCUAAAGAGAACGGUUCAAAAGAAAUGGUUGCGCAAGAUCUAAAUCAAAAAUCGCAGUACGCUGUAUAG